UCGGCGGCGGCCACUGAGCGGAUCGGAUUUCACUUGCACGCGCACCUCGCUCCGCUUCCUCUGCAACCAUGUCUGACAAACCCGAUAUGGCUGAGAUUGAGAAAUUCGAUAAGUCGAAAUUGAAGAAGACAAAAACAGAAGAGAAAAACCCACUGCCUUCAAAAGAAACGAUUGAGCAGGAGAAGCAAGCAGGAGAAUCGUAGUGAGGCGCGCGCCGCCAGUAAGCACUGUACAUUCCACAAGCAUUGCCUUCUUAUUUUACUUCUUUUAGCUGUUUAACUUUGUAAGAUGCAAAGAGGUUGGAUCAAGUUUAAAUGACUGUGCUGCCCCUUUUCACAUCAAAGAAUCUGAACUACUGACCAGGAACGCCAAGCCUCCUUUCCAUCUGCCUGUCUGGCUCGCAGGGGAGGAAAAUAACUUGUAUGCUGGUGAAGGAAGAAGCUGGGUGGGACGACCAGUAAAAACUAGGUUGGUCCAAGGUAUCUGGCAGGCUGUACGAUGCAGUUUAAUCAGAGUGCCAUUUUUUUCUUUGUAUGAUAUUAAUUACUGGAAUGCACAAUUUUUUAAUAUGCAAAUAAAAAGUUUAAAAUGUGG